AAUAUUUUCAAUUAUUGUAGCCAUAUGUAUCCAUCCAUUUUUAGGAGAGUUGAAUGCCAACUUUUUCAUAAAUAAACUUCCCGAACUUCUUGGCGCCGAAUUUUUCUGAUCGUUGAGUGUGUUGUGAUUGAAGGUCGACUCUAAUUGGUCAGACGAAAAAGGACUGAAAUACGGUUGAUUGGUGCAGGGCUAGAUGACGUUAGCGUCGCCCACAUGCACGUGCCGCUUUUAUUCCGCCAGUGCGUCACAACAAAGUCUGCCAGGUGUAAAGUCUAAGACAUAACAUUGCCGACUGCUUCUUUUCAAGACGGUGUCACGACACUUCGCAAUAGUUGGUCAACAAACAGACUGAAUUCAACCUGUGCCAUCAUAGAAAGUUUGUGAUGGACUUGACGGUAAAACAUGUCAGAAAACGAAUGGGACAGUACCAAGAAUCCCUUUCAGGAAUUUUUAAUAACAAUGAAGCCGCCAGUAGCAGUCACAGCUCAAGCAGUCCUUCGGUCGGUGCCUCACAAUCAGGGCAGCACAAAAGAUUUGUCGCCAUGCCCUAUCCAACGAACCACGAUGGCUCUUACAAUCGUGAAGCAAAGUGCUCUGCUGAGGUGAAAGCGAAAUUCGACCAGCUUAAUUCGUUCAGUGGAAAGGAACACACAGCCCAACUGGAACUGAUUGUCAAGAAGCACACUCCUGAAUAUGAUAAAUUCAAUUUCGACGUUCUGCGAGUGGCUCUUGGACAGCUCCAAAGUGAUUAUCGGACUGAAUACUUCAACAGCAUCUUUCCUGGGAUUGUAUCGAUGGCCAAGAAACUGCCAGACAAAUUCGGCAAUCGCCCUCUUGUAUUCCUCACAGCUGGUCGUUGUCUUGAGCUGAAGAGAAAGGAAAUCGCGUGUCUGUUGGCCAACGCUUACCUCUGCACCUUUCCAAACCGGGACUCGAGGGCGUCCAAGUUGCCAACUGUCAAUUUCAUCACGUUGUUCAGUGGUCAGCUGGGCAGGGACAAGCGUGAGAGUGCCAAAGUGGAGAAACUAAAGUGCCUGUUCGCCUAUUUUCACAAGGCCAAGGAAUUUGAGAAAAGUCCGGAAGGUGAGGAAAUAGUGUCGUUCACCAAAGUGGCUUCGGAUGUAAGGCCUGACUGGAAGAAUUCGCGGAAAACGAUGAAGAACUUCUUUGUUGAAGCGUUGGACAAGAAAAUCGAGGAUUCUAUAGGAAUCCAAGUAGACUUUGCCAACAAGUUGAUUGGUGGAGGAGUGAUUGGCCGUGGCUGCCUGCAGGAAGAAAUCCGGUUCAUCACGUGUCCGGAGCUGAUCGUCGCUCGACUCUUCACGGAGCAGCUCAAGGACAACGAGGCCCUGGUCAUCACCAACUUUUGGCAAUACGCUGAUCACUCAGGCUACCAGGAUGACUUCAAAUGUUUGAGGCCUUUCUCAGGGUCGAACAACGUGAAAAGAACGCUGGUCGCAAUCGACGCGACUGACUUUUCCAACUCGAGUGGUUCCAAAACAGGAGGAUGGGUGAGAAUGCAGUCGGAGGACAACACCAGCCGGCAGUACUCGAAACCAGCCAUCGACAGGGAGCUGAACAAAGCAUACGCUGGCUUCUUGUGUCAGGAGUUGAGCCCAAACUUCCACAUUGCCACUGGAAACUGGGGAGGAGGCAGUUUCAAGGGUGAUCCUCUUUUGAAGGCAAUGAUUCAGCAUGUGGCCGCUUCGGAAGCUGAGCGGGAUCUCUAUUACUUCCCCUACCACGACUACUCUCUCAAGAAAAUGCUGGAGAGCAGUGUGUUGGCCACCAGGGGCAAAAGCACAGUUGGAGAAGCAUACCGAGAGCUUCUCAGCUAUGCCAAGGAGAAAAGUUUCCGAUCCAAGCACUGAUUAAAAGUAUUUAAAUUUUAGUGCAAGUGACUUUGUCCUAAUACUACUAAUGGUUAAGGUUAUAGUUUUAUAUAAAGCUCUGUUAAUACAUUCACAAGCAAAACACAAAAAGUUCCAGAGCUAACAAAUACAAUCCAAACUAGUCUUUCAUCGACUGUAUUAAUUUAUUGUAAAGUGAUUAAUGAAAUUCGCAAUUUUGGUUAAUAAACUAUUUAUUUAAGGAAUAAAAAUG